CAUGUACGAUGAUAUACAUAUCUUACUCUUGGAUGAAUGCAUACGCAGUCUCAAAGUGGAUCUAUCUGUGUUGCGUUCGGUUCGCGUUGGUUAUCACGGUGAAAUCUUCCAGUCUGAAGACGUGUGCGCCUUGUUGGAUUAGUUUCAUCCAUGCGUUAUUCGUUUGCAGUUUAAUGUGAAGCUACUGGGAACCAAACAAAACAAUUGAAAUUUUGUGCCUAAUAUUCAAGAUGCAGUUCUUUUAAGUGUGCGAUUUUAGACAUUCAUGUACACCGCUUAAUGUCCUUAUUGAUAUCUAAUGUUCACUAGAAUUCAUUAGGAUAGGGAAAUAACAAAAUAAAAUGGUGCUAUACAAGUUAAUGGUGGUUCAUUGGUCUAUUUUUACGCUUUUUACGCAGCUAGUGUUGUGUGCUUCUGCUUCUACAAAUUCAAACCUGAACUCCGUUGAGUUUAAGUCAAUUUGCGAUGAUGAUGAUGUUCAGUACGUACAUGAAACGGGUAUCGAGUCAAGCUUGGUUAUAAACCUCUACCCAGAUCAGAACAAGCCAUCCUGUAAGCGCCAAUUUCACGCACCCGAAUCACAUAGUUUCUAUGUGCGUCUUCAGAGGGUUUACAUACCAUCGAGUGGCAGUCGAAAAUUUUCUAUGCAGAACGGUUUGUCCAGAAAGUAUGGUAAUAAAAAAGUUAGCAACACUAGCGGUUCGUGUUCACUAAUUAUAUCUCACUCGUUAAAUGGAGAGGUGUUGCCACCGUGGCGGCUGGAUCCUUGUGAAUUGGAGGCAUCAAGCCCGAAUGAGGAACCGAUGAGACUUCUUCAGGGUCGACUUAACAUCGUGUGGAAUCAUUCUGGCAAUCGGCCGGGCUAUCGAUUGUUGAUUACAGUUGUCGGUAAUGGUCUACCAUGCUUGGAGAAAGGCAAACACUCUUGCCUAGAAGUGGAUGAUGUUCCAUUACUUUGCAUCGCGAAUGAUCUACGGUGUGACGGAGUUCGACACUGUCCUUCACCAGCGAAUGCUUUCAAUGACGAGGACAGUGAGAUGUGUGCCAAACUGAGGAAUGAACAACUCAUGGAAACUCCCGUGCAAAUGGUGUUUAGAAAAUACCUACAAACUACAUUUAAGUCAUUUUUUUAUGCUGAUUCUACUGAAGGUCCAGUCAAAGAGGACAAUAUCCUGCCAGAAGUGGUGAAGCAGAUAGAAAUAAUUGAAAGUCAAACUAAGAUACCUACCAAACAACACAAAAGUACCUUAAAUGGGCUGUCAAAGUAUGGCCCUUGGGGAUAUUUAUUCCUAGGAAUGCUAUUAUGUGGAGGCGCUUUGCUAGUCUGUGGCCUAUGGGAAUGCUGCUGCCGAACGCAAAAGCCUGAAGCGCCUGAUAUAUCCGAACAAGAGAAUCAAUCGGUGUAUCAAGAGUCGGGUUUAAAUAAUUCCAAUUUGAAUUCUUCAAACGGAAUAACACAAACAUUGCCUCCUUAUGAAGAUUUGGAUCCUCCUCCUGCGUAUAGUGUUUUGUUCCCUAAUCAAAAAUCUCCCGAAAGUUUGCCAUCAUUGUUGCGGGUUCCAGAGAAUCAGCUGCAGAGCAGUAUUACCAGCGAAACUGUACCGUCCAGCAGUAGCGUUGCCAGUAUGAGCACGAAUCAUAUACGUACACAAACCGGCCAAUGAUGCACCUUCUCCGGUAAAGCAAGAAGUGUGCACCAAUUCGAAAAAGGCUGAUUUUAUUAUUUAUUACUGAUUAGAAAUUUGUAUUGGUGUGUAAUUACGUUUAGAAUGUUUACUCUUAUGACAAAUCAUGUCAAUACCUGAGCGGAUAUAAGCAAAAAAUCAUCGAAUCGAGAAUCGUGAAGUUUCGAUUUCAUUACUGGUCUUAAUAAGACUUAGAAAACGAAAAACUCAGUUGUGUCGAAAACAAGAGACAUUCCAUCUUGUUUGAUUCGUUGUUAGCCAACUAACUGUUCAUAGAAAAUAUGUGUGGCUUGAAUAAGUUUGGUAUCGAAUAGGUCAGCGAAUUGCUAGUUCUCGCAGUGAAGCAUUUUACAGCUAAUUAUUAUGUGAUAUUAAAUUAUUUAUAUUCUUGGACAAUUGAAGAAUGAAGUCAUAGCUAAUAAAAUAGAACUACAUAAUUUUAAAA